UCCAGCUCCAGCUCACAGGAGAGUCCAGCCCCAUCCUCACCACCACCAUGGACGUCUUCAAGAAGGGCUUCUCCAUUGCCAAGGAGGGUGUGGUGGGCGCUGUGGAGAAGACCAAGCAGGGAGUGACAGAGGCAGCUGAGAAGACCAAGGAGGGUGUCAUGUAUGUAGGAGCCAAGACCAAGGAGAAUGUAGUGCAGAGCGUGACCUCAGUGGCUGAGAAGACCAAGGAGCAGGCCAAUGCUGUGAGCGAGGCUGUGGUCACCAGUGUCAACACGGUGGCCACCAAGACAGUGGAGGAAGCAGAGAACAUUGUGGUCACCACCGGGGUGGUCCGCAAGGAGGACCUGGAGCAACCUGCACCUCCACAAGAGGACCGGGCAGCCAAAGAGGAAGAGAUGGCUGAGGAGGUAGGUGCUGGGGGCACCCAAGGCACACCAGAAGGAUUCUUUGGUAAGGACCCCUACUCCCACAGACUCCUUGCUUCCCUCCUGGGGUCCCAUAGCCUGUCAGAGAGCCUUCUGACCUUCUGGCCAUAG